UUCCUGAUGAUCCUCAGGCCAACUUUUGUGACCUUUGCCUCAGAGACUCGACAUCUGUCGUUAGUGCGCGCGCGAGGCGUGUCCCUGUCCGCAGACCCGUCACCUCUUUAAGUGUCCGGGGAAUUAAAUCACCGGAUUGUGUGCGAGAUCACAGAGAAGCGAGGAUGGCAAAGCUGAAGAAGUUCCCAGAGCCGCAGAACCAGACCCAGAUCGUUGAUUCGGAGUCCGAUUCGGAGCAGGAGGACGCAUUGACUCACGCGGAAUCUGUCAGUUCGGCCACGAGCUCGGAGACGGCGCGGCGCUCGCAGGUGAUCCACAGCGGACACUUCAUGGUUUCCUCGCCGCAUAGGGAUCCGGUAGCGCGCAGGAGGAGAAGCUAUUACUACGACUUCGACACGGUGAACAAGCCCCGCUGUCAGACCUACAGCUUCGGGCCGUUCAGCUCCGGGAGACUGAGCAUCGACCCAACACUCACGCGCCUGUUCGAGUGCAUGACACUGGCCUAUAGCGGGAAGAUCGUGUCUCCUAAGUGGAAAUCCUUUAAAGGGCUGAAGCUGCUAUGGAGGGACAAAAUCCGUCUGAAUAAUGGCAUCUGGAGAGCCUGGUUCAUUCAAUAUGUGGAGAAAAGAAAGAAUCCAGUGUGUGGGUUUGUCACUCCGUUGGAGGGUUCCGAGGCAGACGCCCAUCGCAAACCUGAGGCAAUUGUUCUGGAGGGAAGCUACUGGAAGAGACGGAUAGAAGUGGUGAUAAAAGAGUACCAUAAAUGGAGGAUCUACUACAAGAAGAGGAAACACAAAGAUCAUGUGCCUGUUUUCCAGACGACACCCAUCUGCAGGUCUGGCUUGGAAAAAUGGUCUGAUCAGAUGUACCCAGAGCCCAUACCCUCUCAGGAAGAGGUGCAUUUGUUUGACUUGGACUGCUUUCUGUCAGAUAUCUCGGACACUCUCUUCACCAUGACGCAAAAGCCUAACCCUUGGAGUGAGGAACGCCACAACACCUACACCAGCAAUGCUGAUAUGAUCCAGCCUGGUUUAUCUCCACUUCAGCCCAACUUGGACGAUCUCAUGGACAUUCCUGACAUCUUUGCAAGUUACCGUGGCUAUCCUCUGGUACAGAGUGGAUAUGCUGAUUCUGAUUUAAUUGAGAGUUUAUCCAACGCACCUUUCCCUUCAGCCCCAUCCACUGUGAUUAAUACACCUCUGAUACACACAGGAUCCCAACUUACACAGCCCAAUAUCACAGAAAGCUUGCCUCAGUCCUCCUCAACAGUGAGUUUACCCUGCCCUGGUUAUCCACACCGGCCUUUGCCCUGUGAGAUGCCUUUUGAUACUUUCAGAAUGGCCUCCAACCCCAAGUUCAAGGGUUAUUUAGAGUUUAGCGAGUUUCAUCACUCACCGGCCAUCCUCCCUGACAUGGACUCAUAUGGACAGUCCUACAGUGUUCCUAGCAUUGCCACUGGACCUUCAAACAUAUCUUCUGCCUCUUUGUCUCAGGAGAACCCUUACAUCUACUCAAACACCUGCCUAAAAUACAGACACGCUUCAGGUAUCCAAUCAGGGAGCAGCGUUGUAAGCACCCCCACUGUCAUCACACAUACGGGAUUGAUGAAUGCCCUAGCACAAGAUCCCCAAGAAGGCCAAAGCUACACUAUGCUGGAUAUGGCGGACUACCAGGAGACAUCUGUGGCCCCUCCUUUGCAAAGCCAAGCCCACUGCUUCUCUGUGCCACAGCAGGUAGCCGUGGGCUCAGGGAGAGGGAAGCACAAGCAAAAAAUGGGAGGAGGUAGAGGGUUUCCCGUGGCGACAUCUGUGCCUGUUUCUGUGGCUCCUCCCACACAGACUAGCUGUCUGGCCAAGCUUUUGUCCUCCAGCUCACAAGAACGAAAACCAACAGUGGGAUUUAAUCCUCCCUUCGUUGGGCUAAAAUGCCAUAGACCGACUUCACCCGUCUUAGCACAGUCCACCAGUAGCAUGCCAGGGCACCAAAGAGGUUCACGGGCAUCCCAGCAUCCCCCUUGGCCCCCUGCCGAAGUGCAGUGCCAAAUGCCUAUGAUGGUACAUUCCAACGUCUCUCACAGCUCCAGCAUCUCAUCUCUUCUCGUCCCCAAAACUGAGAAACUCUCACCUGUCCAAAUCCAUGUACCGGAGAGAACAAGUCUAACAGUGAGUUUUUCAGGAACUUUUGACUCAACAUCCCCAACGAACCCUCCAGAAAAACAGUCUGAAAAUUUAACUGGAAUAACCAAGACAGAGCAUAUUAAGACGGACACAAGGCGGAUCACACACAUAUCUGCUGAGCAGAAAAGGAGGUUUAACAUCAAAUUGGGCUUUGAUACUUUACACAGUUUGGUGACAACACUUAGCUCUCAGCCGAGCAUCAAGAUCAGUAAAGCCACUACGUUACAGAAGACAGCAGAGUACAUCAGUAAGAUGCAGCAGGAGAGAGCACAGCUCCAUGAAGAGUCACAGAGGCUCCGAGAUGAGAUUCUAGCGCUCAACUCAGCCAUCAAUAUGUGUCAGCAGCAGCUCCCUGCCACUGGUGUCCCCAUCACCCGCCAGCGCUUUGAUCACAUGAGAGAAAGGUUUCGGGAAUAUGUCCGGACCCAGACCUUGCAGAAUUGGAAAUUCUGGAUCUUCAGUGUGAUUAUGGAGCCUCUGUUUGAGUCCUAUAACGUCAUGGUGUCCACAACCAGUUUGGAGGAGAUGUGCCGCACCACGCUCAGUUGGCUGGAUCAACACUGCUCCCUACCUGCCCUCAGACCCGCUGUUCUGAGUUCACUCCGUUUGCUCAGCACCACCACAUCCAUCUUGACAGACCCAAGUCAGGUUCCUGAGCAGGCCACUCAGGCAGUCACUCAGAGACACUUGUCCCAUAGCUGCAACCAAUGACAGUUGUUCUUUCUCUCUCUCUCUCUCUCUCUCUCUCUCUCUCUCUCUCUCUCUCUUGCUCUCAUGGCUGCAGCCAAUCAUGUAAACUAAUAACAUCAACCGUUGGCUACAAACAACGAUUAUUAAAAGGUGAUAUUUGAUAGAUACAGAAAGAAAUAUGUAUCUUGUUUCCAUAUGCAUUUACAUAUACACAUACACUCACUGGCAACUUUAUGAGGAACAUCCGCUCAUUCUUUCACGUGUCCAAUCUACUAAUCAUGUAGCAGUGAUGGAAUGCAUAUGAUCCUGCAGAUAAGGAGGAGAACUUGGGUUUACACAUAAUGUUGCAAAAUAAACCCAAAACUAGUAAGUAAGUAAAUGGUCAGCACUUUAAGAGCAUGACCAUCAAAACAUCUCAUCUUUAAAUCUUUGAUUGACAUGUCCUACCUACCAUUAACACCGAAGCAUCGAUUUUAAAUACAUGCUUGUGUUUUGUAAAGUUCUAUGUGUACAAAUUGUAAGCCACUGUUGGCCUUCAGCAUUUGAACACCAAACAUGUUUUGAUUAAUCGGCUACAUUUUAAAUGAAUUGAAUGAAUUUCCUCAGCAGUUAUUUUUUGGAAGAAAAGCAAUUUACAGUGACCUCAUAAUGACAAUUUCAGAACACUUGGUCUGAGAAUGUAGCAAUACAAAAGAAGCUAUGUUUUUCAAUUAAACUACAGCAUCAUCAAUGAUAGGUUUGUCUUUUUGUUUAUUUAGCUGCAGAUGAUUCAUCCGCCCGCUGGUUUCUGCCUUUAUUUUCUCGAUUUUCUCUGCAGGUUAUCCUGUCGAACACAUGGGAUGAGUAAGAAUAUUUGUAUUCAUGUUCGAUCUUGCAAGAAGGACUGAAGUUUUGUGCCUUGUAAUGUUUGUUACAAUUGUAUUUAACCAAGCUUUUACAGUCUCAGGAUAUUAAUGUGGUGCAAAGUGUUACUCUUUAAAAUAAAGCACCGUUUUGCCUU